UACGCUUCACCCCCGCUGCACACACAGAUCCGCACUGUAUAUCAUCCACGCUGUAGUGACGAUGUCGCCGCUUCGAUUUUUAACUGGACUGAUGCCCAACCACCCCGAGGGUUUUACUGGCUUUUUCGCGAUUUCGUGACCAAGUACAGGGCUGAAUUCUUAAACGAACAGCAGCAGCAGGCCUUACGUGGUUCGAUCGCAAACUAAUCAAGCGGAAGAACAAUUAAAAAGUAAGAAAAAAAAAACGAAAAAAUAAAGGACAAAAACAAAGCCGGAGAGAAAGUAGCAAAGAAAGAUGCGCAGCACACGCCGACUCAAGUACUUCGAGAUGCAGGGCCCGGGCGAGCACACCCUGCUCAUACCACGGCUCGACUCGUUCGACGACGCGCUGCCCUACGUCGGCGACUUCGGCCGCUACCAGUUCUGGCUGCUGGCCGCUCUGCUGCCCUUCGGCAUCAGCUACUCCAUUCUGUACUUCUCGCAGAUAUUCCUGACGCUGGUGCCGCGCGAGCACUGGUGUCGCGUCGACGAACUGUUGGGGCCGUACCCGAGCCCCGAGGACAGGCGCAAAAUAGCCGUGCCCGCCAACGACAAGUAUCCUUAUUACGACACGUGCUCGCGAUGGGAUCUGAACUUUAGCGCGAUUCUCGGGCAGACGACGAUCGAGCCCAACUCGAGCCUGUGGCAAUUGGCCACGAACAACCGAACAGUCAAGUGCGAUCGAUGGGAGUACGACUUUAGCCAGAUACCGUACCCGAGCAUCGGUGCCGAGCUAGACUGGGUAUGCGAUCGGGGCUACCUCAUCUCCACGGCUCAGGCGAUCUUCUACACGGGCUCGAUCCUGGGCGGCUUCCUGUUCGGCUGGAUAGCCGACAACAAGGGCCGCAUACCGGCCCUGUGGCUGUGCACGGCGUGCGGGGUGGCGGGCAGCGUCGCCACAGCAUCCGCCGACUCGUUCUGGUCGUUCGCCCUCUGCCGAUUCGUCACCGGUCUCGCAUUCGACAACGUCAUUAGCAUACCACUCAUCAUCGUCGUCGAGUACAUGGGCGUGAGUCGACGCACCGUCGUGGUCAACAUAGCCUUCGGCCUGUACUUCGGGGUCGGCAGUACUCUGCUGCCGUGGUUGGCCUACUACAUCGCCGACUGGCGCCUGCUCAGCUACGUGAGCGCCGCUCCGCUGGCCUUCUGCCUCGUCACCCCCUGGAUCCUGCCCGAGAGCGCCAGGUGGUACGUUUCGAACAGAAGAUCCGACAAAGUCAUCGAGAAGCUCAAGAGGAUUGCGAGCGUGAAUGACGUCAGGCCGGAUCCGCACUUUUACGAUGUGUUUUACAGAAAUUUAAGCGCCAAAGAGGGUAAAAAGGAGACCGCGACGCUGCUCGACCUUUUCAGAACGCCAAGACUGGCCAGAAUAACAAUUAUCCUCACGUUAUUUUGGUCGCUAAUAUUGCUGGCAUUCGAUGGGCACGUUUACUCGCUCAAGCUGCUCGAGAGCUCGGUCUUUCUCUCGUUUUCGCUGGCCUGCGCGACCGAGCUGCCCGCGGCCCUGCUCCUUACCAUGGUGCUGGAUCGCUGGGGUCGGCGCUUUUGCGGCUUCGUCACCAUGGCCCUGACCACUGCCUUCACCAUCGCCGAGAUACUCGUCGAGUCGGGCGCGUGGAAACUGGUCAUGUCGAUAUUCGCACGAUUCACCCUGAACAUGGCGGCCAACGUGGGACUGCAGUACGCGGCCGAGCUGCUGCCUACCCCGGUGCGAGCCCAAGGCGUUGGUAUGAUUCACAUUUUCGGCAUUCUGGCGCACUCGGUGGCUCCCUACAUCAUCGACACGGUGGAAUGGUGGUCGGACAUGCCCAUGGCCAUCAUAAGCGCGAUCGCGUUCUUGUGCGCGAGUCUCGUGCUCUUUCUGCCCGAGACCCUGGGACACGAUCUGCCGCAGACUCUUCAGCAAGGCGAGGACUUUGGCAAGAAUCAACGAUUCUGGAGCAGUCCCUGCUGCAGUUCGUGUUACGCGAACGACGACGACGACCAAGAUAACGACGGCGUUAAAGGAGAUGUUCGUAAACAGCCAAAACGACGUCGAGACAAUUUUCCGAAUAAUUUCUCGUAUUGACGUUCGUUGCCGAAAGUCGUUUGAGAGUCGCACGCGUACGGGGCGAGAAGAGACAUUUGUGACAUUUGUAUAUCGAAGAGAUUUA